GACCAAUAAGGGGCACCUCAUAGAAGACCCCUGACGCGCCGGGCGAAUAGUUUACUGGCCUUUGACCGAUGUUUGAAAUUCACCAAGCAAUUCUGCAACCUUUCUCUUUUUGGAGCGCCCGGCGCGCCAGGAACCCUCCAUGUAAUCAUAUAGACUAGAUGGAGCCAUUACUUGGUCGCGGGCGGAUCUUAACACUCUGCUCGGCGCUACUGCUGCCGGUGAGACGUCGGCCUCGUGCUAAGUCGCCGGGAUAACGGAAAUGUCCUACUGGGGCCUGCAUAAGUAGGAUGGGCUGCGUCUCAUAACAAUAUGUGGUGUCAACGCGACAAAUCAAAUGCGCAUUCGGGUCAGGACACACACGGAAGCUUGCACAACCCCCGAAUAGGCAUCUCAGAUACAUAUGGUAGCGUAUGAGCCAGGCACGCAACAUGCAGCAGCGCCAACGCGUAUACAACUCUGUGGCGUAGAAUUUCAAUGCGCGGGAUCAGCUGGGGCUGCAGCCCGCGGCUGCUAGGUGCGCCAUAUCUGCUGACAAGGUUAAGAAUGAGAGGUCCCAGGGGUCAGGGUCUUCGAUGCUUGGAUAUUGGGAGACAUGCACGAUGCAUGUGUGCAUUUGCGUGCAGGGGAAGCCCUUUUUCCGUUACACUGUCCAAAUAGGCAUCUACCAUAUUGUAGCAAGUGUUAAGUUGUAUUGUCCUGUCCGAAGCGCGGGCGAGUGCUAUGAAAGACUGUCGGGAGGUCACUGGCCAGGAGCGGGAGCGCCUGGCGGCCGCGGGCUUCGUGCUCACGGGGGGUGCUGCAGGCGGCGCCGAGGGCAGCGGGGCCGCAGGACCGCAGCAACAGCAACAGCCGCUGAAGCAGCAACCGGAACACCAACCGCAUCAGCGGCGGCAUGAGGGCCCGGGCAGCUGGCAGCAGCCGCUGGCCGCCGAUGCGGUGGUGUUCGUGUGCGACCUGGACGCCGUCACGGCCCUGGGCGAGCACAUGCGGCGCAGCGGCACCUGCCCCGCCGCGCUGCGAGACCUCACCGGCCGCGACUUCGCGGUCUUUGCCCGCCUGCCGCCGCCGCGGCCGCAGCCGCCGCCGCAGUCACCGCCGUCACCAAAAGGCGCCGGCAAGAGCAGCAACAGCACGGACGGCGGAAAACGCAAGGGCGGGGGCCAGGACGGGCGCCGGCGCAAGGGCCGGGGCAAGAAGUCGGCAGCCGUGGAGGCGGCGGUGGUGGAGCCGCUGCCUGUGGCGCCGGGCGAUCGCUUCACGCCGCUGGUGGUGUGCCGGCAGGCGCCGGCAGACGGCGCGCUGGCGCCGAAGCUACAGCAGGCGGUGGAGGCGUUUGAGCGGGGGGCGGCGGGCGGCGUCUUCAACACGCAGCGGCGCAACGCCAACAAGACGGCGGCGGUGGUGGCGGAGCAGCCGGUGCAGGCCAGCGGGAGGGGAGGAGGGCGGAGAGGAGCCGACCUCACCGGCCGCGACUUCGCGGUCUUUGCCCGCCUGCCGCCGCCGCGGCCGCAGCCGCCGCCGCAGUCACCGCCGUCACCAAAAGGCGCCGGCAAGAGCAGCAACAGCACGGACGGCGGAAAACGCAAGGGCGGGGGCAAGGACGGGCGCCGGCGCAAGGGCCGGGGCAAGAAGUCGGCAGCCGUGGAGGCGGCGGUGGUGGAGCCGCUGCCUGUGGCGCCGGGCGAUCGCUUCACGCCGCUGGUGGUGUGCCGGCAGGCGCCGGCAGACGGCGCGCUGGCGCCGAAGCUACAGCAGGCGGUGGAGGCGUUUGAGCGGGGGGCGGCGGGCGGCGUCUUCAACACGCAGCGGCGCAGCGCCAACAAGACGGCGGCGGUGGUGGCGGAGCAGCCGGUGCAGGCCAGCGGGAGGGGAGGAGGGCGGAGAGGAGCCGGUCAGCGGCAGCAGCGGCAGGUGCGGGUGGCGCCGCCGCCGCUGGGUACCACCGGCAUGGUGUGGGCCAAGACCACGCCCAUCGCCGCGCCCGGACUCUACGCGCACCUGCUGGAGCCCACCAAGGGCCCGGCGCGUGUGGCGCGCAUGCGGGAGGUGAUGGCGGCGGCCUCGGCGCUGCUGGAGGCGCAGCACCCGCGCCACAUGACCCUGCUGCGGGAGCACGGCAGGGGCAGGGAGCACCACGGCGCGGGCACGGGGCCGUUCUGCUCCAUGUCCUACACACUCAACUACUACAACCGAGUGCACUUCGACCAGGACGACCCGGCUCUGCCCUUCAUCACCUGGCUGCUGGUGGGCGCCGGCGAGCUGUGCGGCGGCGCCUUCCGCCUGGGCAACCUGCACCUGCGCUUCACGCCGCUGCACGGCACCACCCUGCUGCUCAACACGCGGCUGGUGGCGCACGGCACCGAGCCCUGCGCCACCCUGUCCGGCGACCUGCGCCGCCUCGGCUCCGCGGCCUGGGUGCGGCACUGCGUGGUGGCGGCGGUGGAGCGCUGGCGCGUUGGCGCGCGGAAGGAGUUCACACGCAACCGGCCCAAGGCGUUCAGCGACCCGGAGGCGUACGCGCUGUGGCGUGUGCGCAAGGCGGCGGAACUGGACCAGGCGCACAAGGCGGCGGUGGCGCGGCACGAGGCGGAGCCGCGGUCGCGGGGCAGUCCGAGUGAGGCGACGUUGAUGCGGCGCAGCAUCAUGGCGUGUGGCGACAAGGCGGCAGAGGCGCUGUUCGACUGGGAGGUGGUGCGCGAGGCGGAGGGGUGCUGGGAUGUGGUGCAGCUGCCGGGGCCGGAGGGGCUGGGGGAGGAGGGGAUGGAGGCAGAGGCGGAGGCGGAGGCGGCGGGGAAGCUGCUGGGCGGCAGUGCCGCGGCGCUGCAGGCGGAGAAGCGGCAGAAGAGGUGCAAGUCGGUGGCGCCGGUGGCGCGUCGGAAGAGCAAGCGGAAGCAGGCUGAAGCCGAGGCGGCGGAGGUGGCGGUAGGGGCGGGCGCGGCGCAGCGGGCCCGCGGGGCUGCCGUGCGGCAGCCACAGCAGCAGCAGCUGGUGGCGUUGACGCCGGCAGAGGCGGUGAAGCAGCGCAAGCGGAAGCAGGUGGAGGCGGUGGCGGAGGUGGCGGUGCAGCCGGUGGGGGAGCGCCGGGGCGUGUCGUCGGCCAAGCGCGCCCGCGGAUAAGGCCCUGCACGCGGGCCCGGCGUAGGAAAGAGGUCGCAGCAGAGUCUUGCCGUUGCAGUGUUCAAGCGCCUUGACAGCGGGCAAGUGCUGCUGGGGGCCCAGCGGAGGUGGCUGUUGCGGUCAGUGGUGGUGGUGGUGGCUGGCCGCAGCAGAUGCCCGCAUGGUGCCGCAUGUGCUGCAGCUUUGUGUCGAGUAAGGGAUGGUGGCUUUGCGUUGAAUUGGGAUGUGUGAGAUGGUUGGUGCGUGCGUGGGAGGCGUCUGUCGUACUGUGGCGUGUGUUGCCUGGUGUGCUGGACUGGCAGGCGGCGUUCACAUAUGUUAGUCGCGUACGGUAUGCGCAUAGCAGAGCUAGUGCUGUGUGCGGCUGUAUCAGUUGACUGGGGGUUGCGAGGGGCACACGGCAGUGAACAACGGCGGAAACAUUCGCUUGCGCGCAGGGGUGCCUGCUUGCGCGACCUUUUGCGCGCCCGCUCUGGAUGGGGUAACCUGUGUUCUGAUAACGCAUCAGAACCGACUACGUGACACCUUUAUCGGCAAAGCUUUCAGGUUAUAAAGCGGUGCAGGAAGGCAUGGAACAACACGUCGAUUCUAAUUUCUAGCGAUGCAACGCCGACCCGCGUCGUUCGCCAGACAUCACAAGCCCAGUGCAUUCCUAGUACCUAUUUGCAGCUGUAGAAUCCACAGUUGGGGACCUGGAGCUAAACUUGCUUGAUGUGACUGUUGGUGUGCCCGCGGCAACCCGGCGAGGGCGCGCAGCAAAUGAACGGAGCUGUCCUAUGCAAGGAGAAGCAGUGGAACUCCAUACGCCUUAUAACCAUGUUACGAAGGGUUCUCACCAGUCACAUCAGCCGCUGCGGGAAGAAGCGUUAGGACUGCCGAAGGACUUGCGUUCUUGCAAUAGAGGCUGUUGGGGGCUUACACGGAAUUCAGCAAAACACUA